ACACUCUUUCCGCGUAAAAUUGCUGUAAAAAGGGGGGAAAUCUUCACAUUUCUGUUCUAUUCCAUGCACUAGACCAACAAACUGCACUCUGGUCGUGGAUCCCGUUGGAAUAGUAAGCCAGGAAAGACUCAAGACGCUUGCAAAACUGCACCCAGCCGCAGCAAGCAGAAUAGACGAGGUGGAAACCACGAAAAAGGCGUUCUAUUUCCUUUUGCAACGCCCCGGAAACCAAUCAACCCACUCACAAGAGAGCAGAGAGCGCGCCAGAAGGCAGGCACAGAGGCCGGGGAAUCUGCAAACCAAACCAAAACAGUACGGAACUCAAACGGAAUGGCCAAAAGGUUCUACGAACAAUGCUGCCGGCUGUGCUUGUACUACGGAACAGACGUUGGUUUGGUGGAUGUGUUUUCCAUACCGAAACUGAACAGCUUGGUUUUGGAUCUCUACAACAUCGAGGUAACUCCGAACGAUGGAAGUACGACCCGAGUGUGCAGCGUUUGUCUCAAGGAUACGCUGGAUUUCAACGCGCAGAUAAAGCAGUACGAUAGGGAUAGAACGCAUAUUCUGGAGGUCAAUGCAAAAAUACUCCAGAAGGUGCAAACCGCAACACCCACGAUAAACGCCGUAUCCAAAGCGAACAAGGACUCGGCAAGUAAAGAAAAUCGUGCCGCGAAUGAGUCAAUCCAAACGACCAUCAAAGAAACGGCGUCGGGUAAUGCAAAAAGCAGCAACGAAGCGCCUCGUGCGCCUCAACGCCAACAGCAGGUAACGACGGAAAGUCAGAGGCAAACUCCAUCCAAAACCUCGGUCAGUCGGAUCUCUAGUGCAGAAAACCGCGCUACGGGUGCUUCAAACGAUAAAGCAUCCAAAGGAUCAAACACCAAGGACAAGGAAAAGGAAAAAGAAAAGGAAAAGGACAAGGACAAGGACAAGGACAAGGACAAGGACAAGGACAAGGAAAAGGAAAAGGAUAAGGAUGGCAGCCGUCGUUCAUCUCAAAAUCAAACGGAUCAAUCAACCGCCAAGCCGAAAAGCUCAUCGAAAGGCUCGGAACAGCGAUCCAGCGACAAGCCCGGAUCGGUUCGGAGCGAGCAUCGUGCUUCGGAAUCUGGACACUCUAGCAGGGGUUCCAAGGAAUCAACCGUGCCACAUGCCAAGCACACCGAUCCGCGUCAGCGUCCAUCGUCUCCCAAGUCGAGAAGAGUUAAUGACAGCAUAGGUUCAGGAGCGAACCGUGCAUCAACAUCGGGCGAAUCGUCCAACAAGUCCAAAGACUCCUUGAAACGAUCCACCGAAGGGCGGGAGCCUACAAAAUCCAAAAAUACUGAUCGUACGCGGUCGGAAAGCACAGGCACAAGCGCUUCAUCUAAAUCCUCUGGUAAACCCCAAGAUAAAAAGCAAUCUUCAAGCAACAGGGACAACAGCAAAACGAAAGACAGCAAUUCCGGCAGCAAGAAAAGUAACGCUGAUGGAGGGCUAAGAGCUUUCUUGAUGCGUGAGAACUCCUCGACCAAAGAGUCAGCUGCACCGAGGAAUUCCGCUUCAAAUCAUAUUCAAACCAAUGCUACCAUUCACGGAACAGAUAAACCCAAGGCUACCGAACAUUCGACAACGCCGCAUAGAAGUAAUGCUAACGUGAGGACGUACGGUGGAGCUAAUAAGAAUAAUAGAAGCAUGGCUCCGGAAAAAUCCGACCGACGGGAACCUGCUUCUAAGCCAUCAACUUCAACUUCGGGAACUAGAGUAAGAUUCGCUGAGGGAACCAUUGCUACGCCCCGUGAUGAAACACCAAACUUAGAGGCCAACACUGUGAACAGGAAACGAGGACCAGACGGGCCGCCGAAACUUCCACGUAUUAAAAUCAGACUCCUGAACCGCGCAGAAGUCGAAUUUAUAUCAUUGAACAAUGCGACCACGGCCAAUCCUACGACUACCACGGUGUCAGUGACCACGACUAACGCUACGAUGUGUACCACUGCAACAACCACGGCAACAACACCGAUGGAGACAACCAGUUUACCUUCGAGCCAAAUUGUAGCAACGGGUCCCAUAGUUCAGAGCAGAGUAUCAGCACUUCAGGGCAGCACACCCGGCAUUCCGAAGCGGCGACAUAGCGUUUACAAUACCUCUUUGAUACGCGUAAGCUCCAAUUUGUUUGAUUCUUCCAAAGAAUCCGAUGAGUUUGCUGCUAUUCGUAACAACACGAUGCUACGACUUGAUCCGUUGAACAACACAGUUGCCAACAAUGUCACCAUAAGACCGGUGGAUACAGGCUUCUCUCAAAUGGCUAGCAAUGCUAGUAUCAAUCACUCUUCUACAUUGGCGCCAGUUGUGCUAAAUGGUGCAGCCGGAACUUCUUCCUCGCAGCAGCAAAACAGCGUGACGUAUGCAAAUAUUUUGCCGAGACCGGUACAGAAAAGCGUUAUGCAACGCAGGAAAAGCGUCUGUGUUGCGAACUUUCGCCAGAUUUCUGAACAAUCAGCCCAAUCGAACACUAACUAUCAAACAAGUUUCGUCCCGUGUACUUCAAUACCGGCAAACAAUGUUGUUGGAGGACUAUAUACUUCAUCCCAUAAUGGAAUGCCAGUACAAUCGACGGUGCAAAAUACUGUUCCUAUAACAGGGACCAACUACGGACCAAACACGUUUAUUUCCGGAAACACUACGAUCCGACGGGUAACGUUGAAUGCAUCACCUAGCUCGGCUGCUGCACCCCUGCCUUCACUUCGAUUGUCCUUCGGGAACAAUACUAUACCAGUGCACAUUUUAAGCCGGAAUGCGCCACUGUCAACAGCUGGAGGUGUCGCAUCGAAUAAUGUAACAGGAGUUUCUAAUACCAAUGCUGUUGGAGGAAGCAUUCCGAGGCCAUCGAUAGUGGGAGAGAAUAAUCGUAAUAUGCCCGCGUUUGCUCCAAGAACACCUCAAAUUAUUUUGCAGCCACAACCACCACAAAUGCCUUCAUUCGAGCACUCUUACAGUAUAAACGAACCAUUUUGAGAUUGAUAACGGGUGGAAUCCCGUAUUCCACUACGUACUAAGCGAUUCUGCGAUGUGAGCAACCAUGUCUUCGAAUUAACGUUACGCAUUGGAUCUGCAACUCAAUUGCUCUUUAAAUUGUAGUUACAUCUUAAUUAUACCUUAAGGAUGUGUUAUUUGUUUCUGAAUUACGAAACUACA